AUUUUAAUAAAUAAAAUUUCUUCUCCUCGUCUGCGCCUUUCUUUCUUUCUCGUAGCCCUAACCCUAACCACAUAUCAAACCAGAAUUCAAUUUUCAAUUUUUUUUCUUAAUUAUUUAUUUUAUUCUCUAAUGCGUGCUCCUCGUUCAUUUGGUGAAUUGAGUCUUGACUUCGAUAAUGAAGGAGUUGAAGGGGAAUUCAUUGGAGAUAGAGAUUGGGAGCUCGGUGGACUCGUUUGAGAAGUUUCUUGAGUCACAGAGAGAGCUUUUCCACAGCCAGAUCGAUCAGCUUCAAAACGUCGUUGUGACACAAUGCAGAUUAACUGGAGUCAAUCCUCUCUCGCAAGAAAUGGCUGCUGGUGCCUUGUCAAUAAAAAUCGGAAAGAGACCUAGAGAUUUGAUAAACCCUAAGGCCGUAAAGUACAUGCAAACAGUGUUCUCAGUGAAGGAUGCAAUAAGCAAGAAGGAAUCCCGAGAGAUAAGCGCUCAAUUCGGUGUUACAGUUACACAGGUUAAGGACUUUUUUAAUAGCCAACGUUCUAGAGUGAGGAAACUAGUACGGUUGUCAAGGGAGAAGGCAAUUAGGUCUCAUGUGCUUGAAGAUCCACAUGGUGAUGGGAUGCAAAUUAGCUCAGAUGCUAUGAUUCCUAUCUGUCCUGUUCCCUUAAAUUCUAAUGGCCCUACCAGUGUCAUUAGUAGUGAUCCCAUUCCCCUGAAUUCUAUUGGUGCUCCAAUUGUUGAAGAAGGUCCAUCUUGUUCUGGACAGGAUGAUUCUCUAGUUGGCAUAGAUUACCUAGAUAAACAUUUUGUUGAGAAUGUUUUCAGCUUGAUGAGGAAAGAAGAAACAUUUUCUGGGCAGGUGAAGCUGAUGGAGUGGAUCUUGCAGAUAGAAAAUUCUUCUGUACUAUUUUGGUUUUUAACCAAAGGUGGUGUUAUGAUUUUAGCAACAUGGUUGAUUCAAGCAGCCGAUGAGGAACAAACAAGUGUUCUUGUUGUCAUCCUUAAGGUUCUUUCUCACUUGCCUCUACAUAAAGCUCUUCCAGAACAUAUGUCAGCCAUAUUGCAAAGUGUUAACAGAUUGCGUUUUUACAGGGCAUCAGACAUAUCACACAGGGCGAGGAAUUUGUUAUCAAAAUGGAGCAGAAUGUUUGCUAGAAGACAAGCUAUGAAAAAACAUAAUGGCACAAAAUCUUCUACUGAUGAGCAGAAUGAGUUAAUUCUGAAACAGAGUAUUGGUGAAAUUAUGGCUGAUGAAUCUUGGCAGUCAAAAACUGAUGUAACUGAAGCCAUUCUUGCUCCUGAAAGUUUGGAGAAUUUCAGAAAGGUGGAAUCUCCACAAACUCUCAAGUUAUUGACAGCAUCUUCAGAUGACUCUGCAAGGAAGAACAUCCUUGGUGUAUCUUCAUCCCAUAAUAGAGAACGCCGGAAAACUCAGUUUGUUGAACAGCCAGGUCAAAAAGUGGCGGGCAGAAGCCCACAGGCUACAAAAGCAGCUCCUUUGAGUCAGGGUCGUCCAAUGUCUGCUGAUGAUAUCCAAAAAGCAAAAUUGCGAGCUCAGUAUAUGCAGAAUAAAUAUGGAAAAGCUGCUUCUACAUCUAACGAAAUUACUGAAGUGAACACUGAAGGUCUGAACAAAUCUACAAAUGCUCUUGUGAGCUCUGGGUCACCAGUAUUAAAGGUACAUGGUCGGCCUAAAACCGAAGAACAGAUGAAACAAGUAAUACCUCACUCAAAAGAUUCUGGUAGGCUGGAAGUCCCUCUUGAUCCAAAGCACAUAAUGGAUAUUAAGGAGCCUCUGCAGGAAAAGUGCAAGAGGGUCCAGAUCCCGUGGCAGGCUCCACCAGAAGUUCUAAUGAACGAGGUUUGGAGAGUCGGUGUUGGUGAGAAUAGCAAAGAGGUUGAAGUUCAGAAAAACAGAAACCACCGAGAGAAGGAAACUAUCUAUCACACAAUUCAGGAGAUACCAUCUAAUCCCAAGGAGCCUUGGGACCUUGAAAUGGACUAUGAUGAUUCACUAACCCCAGAAAUCCCAACCGAACAGCCUCCUGAUGCUGACAUUGGAGAUACACAAAUUGCCACUGUUAGUGUUACUGUAAAUACUGCUGCUCCUUCGGUGCCCAUGCAAUCGCAGGUUGUUAAUGGGAACACUACUGAACCUGAUCUUGAGUUGCUUGCUGUACUGCUUAAAAAUCCUGAAUUGGUUUUUGCAUUGACUUCUGGCCGAGCGGCUAACUUAUCUAGUGAAGAUACUGUGAGGCUGCUUGAUAUGAUUAAGACGGGCGGGUCUGCUUUGGCCAGUAAUUUGAACGGGACUGGGGGAAAAGUGGAGGAUAAGGUUGAAGUUUCUCUCCCCUCCCCAACUCCAUCAAGCAACCCUAUUCCUGGAACGAGUGGAUGGAGACAAGAAGCUAGGAAUCCCUUCACACGGCAAAAUACAAUUGGGAGCAAUGUGGCCUACCCUACUCCUGACGCCGUUUCCACCUCCUCCUUGAAUGAAAAGUUGCCCACAAACAAUUCGGUGAGGUCCGGAAUUUCAGCUAUGAACAUGGGAAUACCGCCACAGCCAACAAGUUUGCCAUCUUUGUCCCAACAGAUUCUUGGGGCAACAAUGGGGUCUUCAUUACACCUAACAAAUACUAUAUCACCUGAAAAUCUACAUCCUUCUUUAAAUCAGACCCUUCCCUCCAAUUCUCCAAUCAUACAAGCACAGACCUCAGAAAUACCUUUAACCAUGAAAAAUCUACCUAUUUCUAACACUUGCUUACCAAACAUAUCGGCUGCAGCUGGGCCUUCAAUGCGGGUUGAACAUAUAAACAAUUUGAAAGUAGCUGCAAUGCCUGUAAAUGCCUCAGAGAAACAAACCACUUCAUAUUCGAUGUCCUCUUUAAUGCCUACACAAACAAGAUCACAUAAGCAGCCACAACAGCCGCUGGUGUCUGAUUAUAGGCAUGUGACACCACAGUACAUUCCUACCUCUACUUCCAGGCUACCAAUGGGAAAUGUGGGUCCUGUAUCCGAUUCCUGGAGAGCAAGUCAGCAGGUGGCUUCAAAUCCUCAUUAUCAAGCAAAUCAAAACAAUUAUAAUGCAUCAUUUGGAGCUGGCCCUGUGCGGCAGCCUCAGCUGCUGUCAGGGCUGCCUGGGGAUGGAAACGCAUUUGUAGGGAACGAUGGUUUUGAAUCAUGGAGUCCGGAAAAUAGUCCUACUAGGCAACCAGAGUACAUGUCUAGAAGGAACUUGCAGGAUCCUGUUACAGAUUCUGGAUUGAGCUAUAGACCUGAAAGGUCCAGACAGUGGAAUUCUUCUGGGUAUCAGGAAGUUCGGGACCAUAACAAAUAUGGGGAUAGGAAUUGGCGAGGGAGGAGACGUUAAACUUAUUUUGGGUUGGUAAUUGUGACCCACUGGUUCUUCCUCCGAAUCCCUGGCAUAAGACUAACUUGUGUUUUAAAAGGAUUUACAUUUUAGGUUGCUGGCGGUUUUGGGGUAGAGAUAUUAAGUGGAAGUUUCACUCUUGGAGUGGGUUUCGGAUCAGGGAGACAUUGCAGUUGUGUUGAGAACCUCAGCUUGAUAUUGAAUUUGAUAAAACAUUUAAAACUUGAUCGACA